CUCAUACUCAUACCGCUACAUGGGAUCACGUAAUAUCGCUUCUUCAUCGGUCGUCAUGAGAGUGAGAUGAGAUAGAACAGCAGCAUGGACACGCUUCACGCAAGAGCCGACUGGGAGCGCGUGGGCGACAAGUGGUUCCGCAAGACGGAGCAGUAUACCGCCGUCUUUGGCCAGGAUCUGGAUCUCGAUGGCUUCAUUGUGACGGGCGCGCCGUAUGCCGGUGCUCUGGCGCUGUGGCGGGACGACACGAAGCUGCAGGCUCACAAGACGGGACAGUCGACGAAGCCGGCGAUUGACAUCUACAGCCUGGCGGGCAAGAAGCUGCGGACGAUAUCGUGGGACAGCGGCGCCAUCAAGGGCCUGGGAUGGUCGGAGGACGAGUCGUUGCUGGUUGUGGCAGCGGAUGGCAAUGUGAGGUGCUAUGAUAUGCAGGGGGAUUUCAGCCAUUUCUCUCUGGGAAACGGGUCGGAUAACUACGGAGUUGAGUCGUGCCGGUUCUACGAUAAUGGCAUGGUGGCCCUGCUUGGGAACAACACACUGGUGACAGUCUCGUCGUAUUCGGAGCCGCGGCCAAAGGUGCUUGCGUCUGUGCCGGCGGGGGAGAUUCAUUCAUGGGCCAUCGUUGCGCCGAAUCACACGUUGUCUCGCUCCGUGGAAGUAUUGCUCAGCAUCGGGGCGACUGUGUACGUGGUUGACGCUACGGACUGCGAGGACCGGUUCCUGGAUGUUGGGCCGUUUUCACACAUAAGUGUUUCACCGGAUGGUCGCUUUGUCAACUUGUACGGCAAGAAUGGCAAGGCGCACGUCAUCUCGAGCGAUUUCCAGGAGAGGCUGUUUGAGCACAACUCGAAUUCGAAUACCCCUCCCAAAUAUGUAGAGUGGUGUGGUAGCGAUGCCAUUAUUGCUUGGGAAGAUGAGGUCCAUGUCAUCGGACCGGGCGAUGAGUCUUCGUCUUACAUCUACGACAGCACCCGAGUGCACGUCAUGUCUGAGCAUGACGGCGCUAGGUUAAUAACAAACGACUUUUGCGAGUUUCUUGAGAGAGUGCCUGACGACACUCUUCAGGCGUUUGGUGCCGCCUCAGAAUCAUCCCCUGCAUCUAUUUUGCUGGAUGCUGUGAGACAACUUGAGCUCCAAUCACCCAAAGCAGACGAUUAUAUCCAACUCAUUCGGCCCAACCUGACUGAAGCUGUCGAUACUUGCGUUAAUGCCGCCGGUCGAGAGUUUGACCCGCAAUGGCAGAAGCGACUGCUCAAGGCUGCCUCUUUUGGCAAAUCGGUGCUUGACAUUUACAACAGCGACGAGUUUGUCGACAUGUGCGAGACUCUGCGUGUUCUCAACGCCGUACGGAGCUACGAGAUUGGAAUGCCCUUGUCUUUUCAGCAGUACCACAGGUUGACGCCUGAGCGACUCAUUCAACGACUCAUUCAGCGGCACGAGUAUUUACUGGCACUAAAGAUUGCUGGCUACUUGAAGCUGCCAACAGACCGCAUCUAUGUUAGCUGGGCAUCUACCAAGGUCCGUGUGGGUGCUCAAGAUGACGAUACCAUCUGUCGACUGGUUGUAGAGAGGCUCUCUGGCAAGCCUGGUAUCUCGUUUGAGGAGAUUGCAAGAGCUGCAUAUCAUGAAGGACGAAGCCGGUUAGCUACGGAGCUUUUGAAUCAUGAACCAAGGGGAGGAAGGCAGGUGCCUCUUCUGUUGGAUAUGGAAGAGGACGAGUUGGCUCUGGACAAGGCCAUCGAAAGCGGCGACACAGACCUCAUUCUCUUUGUUCUCGCAAAGCUCAAGAAGAAACUGCCCUUGGCGUCAUUCUUCCGAGUGAUUAAUGUUCGGCCAACAGCAACGGCACUGGUAGAGUCGGCAGCUUUGUUGGAAGGAGAUAACACCCUUCUCAAGGACAUGUACUACCAAGACGAUAGGCGAAUUGAUGGUGCCAACGUGUUCAUCCGCGAGUCGCUUCGACAGCCUGAUGCUCGUACUGCAUCAGACAAGCUGGCUCUUGCGGCCAAGCUCCUCUCCGAGUCAAAGGAUAACGCGGCAGAAGUAUAUGUGCUCAAGGAGACGACGCAACUCCUCCGUGCACAAGAGGCGCUAGACCGUGACCUAACGGACUCAUUCUCAGGACUAAGCGUUAACGAGACGAUAUUCAAGCUUAUUCGACUCGGCUAUCACGGGAAAGCGAAAAAGAUUCAGAGCGACUUCAAGGUCCCAGAGAAGGUUGUAUGGUGGAUUAGGCUUCGGGCACUUGUCGCAAAGCGAGAAUGGGGUGAGAUUGAGGAUAUCGCAAAGGCUAAAAAGAGCCCGAUCGGAUGGGCGCCCUUCUUUAACCUUACGCUGCAAGCAGGUAACCCUCGCUUGGCGGCCGUGUUUAUACCCAAGUGUACUGGUUUGGAGCCCGGGGAGACAAUUACCAUGUAUGAGAAGUGCGGGAUGCGAGUCAAGGCUGCGGAGGAGGCUGUCAAGCUGAAAGCUGCAGCGGCGUAUGAGAGACUGCUGGAGGCAGCGGGCAGAGAUACGACUGAAGGGAGGGAGAUUGAGCGGGUUGGCGGUACGGUGUUUAAGAAGUAAUGAUGCAUUGUGGUAGAUUACAUGUUUAGAUUUGCUCUGGGGUUGGUUUUGGGGAUUGAGAUGGUUGUAUAUGAGUAUGACGACUUGAGUAAUGAAGAUAUUUUUUUGAU